CUUCGCUGCCCUUCGCUGGAGCAUUUCAGAGACAACUAUCUAAUUCCACAGAAGCCCGUGGUCUUAGAGGGGAUUAUUGACCACUGGCCAUGUAUGAAGAAGUGGAGUGUGGACUAUUUUUGCCAAGUCGCAGGGUGCCGCACAGUCCCCGUGGAAUUGGGUACCCGAUACACAGAUGAGGAAUGGUCUCAGAAGCUCAUGACUGUCAGUGACUUCAUCAGCCAGUAUAUUGUGAAUGAGAACAGUGUAGGAUACCUUGCCCAGCACCAGCUUUUUGAUCAGAUCCCAGAAUUGAAAGAGGAUAUCAGUAUCCCUGACUACUGCUGCCUGGGGGAAGGGGAAGAAGAUGAGAUCACCAUUAACGCUUGGUUUGGUCCAGAAGGCACGAUCUCACCUCUUCAUCACGAUCCCCAGCAAAAUUUUUUAGCCCAGGUAUUUGGAAGAAAGUAUAUCCGUCUAUAUUCACCACAAGAUUCAGAAAACCUGUACCCGCAUGAAAGCCAAAUUCUUCACAACACUAGUCAGGUUGAUGUGGAAGAUCCUGACUUAACUAAGUUUCCCAAUUUCAGAAAGGCUGCAUUUCAGUCCUGCAUUCUGAUGCCUGGACAGGUUUUGUUUAUUCCAGUUAAAUAUUGGCACUAUGUACGAUCGCUUGAUAUCAGCUUCUCUGUCAGUUUCUGGUGGUCAUAGCUCUGAAGCAUGCAUAAAGUCUAUUAGCAUUGUAAUAGGAAUUAAAAAUCAGAAAAAGCAUCUGGCAUCUUCUCACAAGAGAAUUCUUUUUAAGCAUGAGAAUGUUCUU